AUGGCUACACCGCCCGCUCGCCAGUGGGGUGUGACACCCCCAAUCUCGGUGGUUCUACCUACCAAGGACGAAAUCGCAGCGAACGAUGAUCUCAUCGCGGAACUCAAAGCCCAGAACAACUUCGAGCAGCCAACCGAAACAGACCGAAGACAAAAGGUAUUGCAACUGCUGCAGCGCGUCACAGUUGAAUUCAUCCAAGUCGUCAGUCGCACCAAAGGUCUUUCAGCCGCGGCCGUUGAAGCCUCUGGGGGUAAGAUCUUCACGUAUGGAUCUUACAGACUUGGAGUUUAUGGACCUGGAUCCGAUAUCGAUACCCUAGUCGUUGCACCUAAGCAUGUCAUGAUCGAUGACUUUUUCGCCGAAUUCCCCGUGAUACUGGAAAGAAUGGCCCCCGAAGGAGCGAUAGAAAAAAUGACACCAGUACCCGAUGCGUUCGUCCCAAUUAUCAAGCUUGAGCUCCUCGGCAUUAGUAUCGAUCUGAUCUUCGCUCGCCUCGUCAUCCCCUCCAUCCCAAUGAACUUGGACCUGAAGAACAACGAUUACCUGAGAGGCUUGGAUGAGCGGGAGGUACGCUCCCUGAAUGGAACUCGUGUGACUGAUCAAAUCUUGGAGCUUGUACCCCAGCAAAAGACAUUUCGUCUGGCACUACGAGCGAUCAAACUUUGGGCGCAGAGGCGGGCAAUCUACUCGAAUAUUGUAGGUUUCCCAGGUGGUGUAGCUUGGGCGAUGCUGGUGGCUCGUGUGUGCCAGCUGUACCCGCAGGCGACCGGCUCUGUCAUCGUGGGAAAGUUUUUCAGGAUCAUGAACAAGUGGAAUUGGCCUCAGCCUGUCUUACUGAAGCAGAUUGAGGAUGGCCCACUUCAGAUGAAAGUGUGGAAUCCAAAGAUCUACCACGGCGAUAGAUUUCAUCUGAUGCCUAUCAUCACCCCCGCCUACCCUUCGAUGUGUGCGACUCACAAUAUCAGUCUCUCCACGAAGAAGGUCAUCCUUAGGGAGCUCAACCGAGGAGGUGAUAUGGUCGACAAGAUUUUCAUGAAGCAGCGAUCUUGGGAAGAUCUAUUUGUGCGCCACACGUUCUUCACCAACGACUACAAAUACUACCUCACCAUCACUGCUUCCAGCAAGACCAAGGAGGCUGAGGGUGUAUGGUCUGGCCUUGUUGAAUCCAAGUUGCGCCAUCUCGUCGGUGCAUUGGACCGCAAGCAAAUAAUCGGGAUCGCCCAUCCUUUCCCGAAGGGCUUCGAGAGAGUACACCUUGUCAAGACAGCCGAGCAGAUGGAUGCAGUCAGGAACGGAUCUACUCAGCAUGUCGCCAAGGGCACAACGACCGAGACGACCGACGAGACCAACAAUGCUGCUCAUCAAGCCGCAGUCCAGAACACUCUCGAGAAUGCUGAGAUCCCAGAGCCAGCGCAGACCCAACCCGAGAACGACGGCCAUACCGUCUACACAACAACUUACUACAUCGGCUUAGAGUUGAUGCCGUUGGAACCUGGCCAAUCGAGAUCUCUUGAUAUCUCGAGCGACUCGCAGCUCUUCAAGUCACAAUGUACAGCAUGGCCAGGAUACCAAGAAGAUGUGAUGGAAUUGACGGUCGUCCAUGUUCGAAACUUCGAUCUACCAGAGGAUGUCUUCCAACCCGGCGAGACCCGACCAUCCCGACCCAAGAAAAAGACGACAAAGAAAUCAGAGACCGCCGGUCAAAAGCGCAGCAUUGCCGAGUUGGACGGUUCCACCGAAGGAGCUUCCAAACGCCAGGUGACAUCCGCCACUCCCGCCUAA